CGCGCGCUCGCACCCCCACGCGCUCACACUCACACGCGCACUGUCACACGCUCACCCUCCACUCCGACGCGCUCACACUUGGACACGCGCGCUCACACUCCCACGCGCUCCCACGCCCACUCCAGCCCGCUUGCCCUGAAGAGGCGCAGGCCCCGCCGGCCAGAGCGCCCAGGGGAUCCACGGUCUUCCCAUGGCUGACCUGAGCUUCAUCGAAGAUUCCGUCGCCUUCCCGGAGAAGGAGGACGAUGAGGAGGAAGAGGAAGAGGGUGUGGAGUGGGGCUACGAAGAAGGUGUUGAGUGGGGCUUGGUGUUUCCUGAUGCUAAUGGGGAAUACCAGUCUCCCAUUAACCUAAACUCAAGAGAAGCUAGAUAUGACCCCUCCCUGCUGGAUGUCCGCCUGUCGCCAAAUUACGUGGUCUGCCGAGACUGCGAAGUCACCAAUGAUGGACACACCAUUCAGGUUAUCCUGAAGUCAAAAUCAGUUCUAUUGGGAGGUCCACUGCCUCAAGGGCAUGAAUUUGAACUGUAUGAAGUUAGAUUUCAUUGGGGAAGAGAAAACCAGCGUGGUUCUGAGCACACGGUUAAUUUCAAAGCUUUUCCCAUGGAGCUCCAUCUGAUCCACUGGAACUCCACCCUGUUUGGCAGUAUUGAUGAAGCUGUGGGGAAGCCCCAUGGAAUCGCCAUCAUUGCUUUGUUUGUUCAGAUAGGAAAAGAACAUGCAGGCCUGAAGGCUGUGACUGAAAUCCUCCAGGAUAUUCAGUAUAAGGGGAAGUCCAAAACCAUACCCUGCUUUAAUCCUAACACUUUAUUACCAGAUCCUCUGCUGCGUGAUUACUGGGUGUAUGAAGGCUCUCUCACUAUUCCACCUUGCAGUGAAGGAGUUACCUGGAUAUUGUUCCGAUACCCUUUAACUAUAUCCCAGCUACAGAUUGAAGAAUUUCGAAGGCUGAGGACACAUGUUAAGGGGGCAGAACUUGUGGAAGGCUGUGAUGGGAUUCUGGGAGACAAUUUUAGACCCACUCAGCCACUUAGUGACAGAGUCAUUAGAGCUGCAUUUCAAUAGCCAAAGAGAACAGGAGCAAGUCCAUCUUCAUCUGGGAGGAAGACAAUGGUCCUAUAGUGCCCUUGGAUGAGAAACGGAAACCUUUGAGCUGCAGCUUUGGUUUAUCCUCAAAUCCUGCAUUGUUUGUCUUCGUCUAAUCCAGCUGGAUGGACAUCUGUGACAGCUGCCAGUACACAUGCUCUAAUGAAAUAUUUGAAAUGGCUGUACAUUCAAAAGAAACGCCAUAUUGUAUAUCCACAUCACUGCUGCUAGUAUUCAUAUUUUUGCACAUACUGUUUAUUGCUUAUGUGUAGAAAAAAUGAAACUAGUUUUCAGAGUUGUUAUUAAUAUGAAUAUAUAUAUCAUGCAUUAAUAUUGAGACAGGAAAAAUACAUUUUCAGCGUUAGCAGUCCUUCGUUUCCUGUCUCCAAUGGAAAAUUCACUCAUUCGGAGAAUAAUGUAAUUCUUGAUAAUAAAAUAAGAGUUUUGAUCAAGAACAGCAUACAGCUUCAAAAUGGAAUGUGGAGGAUUAAUAAAAAUCAUGGCUCAUGUUAUUUUUCAGCCCUCAUACCACAAUUAAUGUCAGGCUCGUUUGUUAUAGAAUACAAUUUGGGAGUUAAUGCAAGAAUGUAAUGCUCAAUUUAUAUAUUACUUUCUUAGUUAAGGGAUUUAAUUGAAUAUAUGAAUCUAAUUGUAUUUGUUUGACAUAUUAGAAGCUGUGGUGUCUAGGAAUUUGAGAAAAGUAUAAGAAAUAGAAUAAAAAG